AUGGGUUUUCAGAGAUGGCUUGCCAAGACGCACGAUAUUGAGUCCAUCUCGAAGGCAAGACAUGAUAAGAGCAAUGGUGAUCACACAUCUGCAAACCUGUGUGGUCAUUACCUUGAUCUCAAUGCUGCUAGUGCAAAUUAUAAUACUUGGUUGAAUGAACAUCCUUGUGCACUUGGCUCAUUCAAAGAAAUGAUAAGUGAUGUUAAAGGGAAGCGAAUCGUUGUGUUUCUAGAUUAUGAUGGCACUCUCUCACCAAUUGUAAAUGAUCCUGACCGUGCUUUCAUGUCCACUCAGAUGCGUUUGGCUGUUCGUGAAGUUGCUAGACACUUUCCGACAGCUAUAAUAAGUGGCAGGAGCCGAGACAAGGUGUAUGAAUUUGUUAAACUAGAUGAAGUAUAUUAUGCUGGCUCCCAUGGGAUGGAUAUAAUGGGACCACCGCUGCAACUGAAGUCUUAUGAUGGCAAGUACCAAAACAAAGCCCUUGAUACCAAGGGCAAUGAGUUUACCAUCUUCCAACCUGCUCAGGAUUUUCUGCCUGCAAUUAAAAAGGAUUAUGGCACAUUAGAAGAGAGGAUACAGUCAAUACUUACCAAGUUUCCUCGCUUUCACAUGACAAGGGGUAAAAAGGUUUUGGAAAUUAGGCCAUCCAUAGAGUGGAACAAAGGUCAUGCCUUGGAAUAUCUACUCGACACUCUAGGGUUUGCCAACUCCACUAACGUUCUUCCAUUGUAUAUUGGAGAUGAUCGAACCGACGAAGACGCUUUCAAGGUUUUAAGAAAGAGAGGAGAAGGGUACCCAAUUAUUGUAUCCUCCACCCCAAGGGACACCAUGGCUUCAUAUUCUCUACGAGACCCAUCAGAAGUAUUUUCUUUCCUAAUACGUCUGGCAAGAUGGGGAUCAGAAACCUCUUCUCAGUAG